AUGCGUGGCCGUGAUAAUGGCCUUCCUUCAUAUAAUGUCCUUAGAAGAACAUUCAACUUGCCCGAGAAGAAAUGGGAAACCAUCAACGAGAAACUUUACGAGGAAAGGAAAGAGCUUUUUGACCAACUUGCUGGACUUUAUGGUGAUAUCAACUAUUUGGACGCAUAUGUGGGCGGAAUGCUUGAGGGCGACAAUGGCCCCGGGGAGCUAUUCAAGGCUAUUAUCAUGGACCAGUUUGAGCGUCUGAGGGAUUCUGAUAGGUAA